CUACUAUCUAGUUUUGUUUGUUUACAUCCUUGGCUUACUCUGACGGUCUGACCCGCUCUGACCCUUGUAAGUCGUAGGCAGUCGUAGGUCGUAGGUUGAAUCAGGUUCAUCUCAGACUUCAUUAAACACUAGUAAGAUGCAGAAUAUGCCUAUGGGUCCAAUACCCAUGAAUCCCGGACUCCAACCUGGUGGUCUCCAGUCCCCAAUGCAGCAGCCUCCAGCAAAUUUACAGCAAGCACAAUUGCAAGCUCAAAUGCAGCAGCAGCAGCAACAGCAAGAAAAAAUGGAGAAUCCUUCAAACAUUGCCAAAGUCAAGUCUCUUGUCGGGCCAUUGAAGGAAUCCCUUUUGAAUACCCUAAAGACUGGAGCACAAUCAUUGCACCAAAACAGUAUUGUUGAUAUGGGAACAAUAAAGGGCAAUGAAUCAGGAUCUUUAAAGUUUGAUAAAAACGUGGAAGAAUUUUUCUCAUACUGCGAUCAAAUAGAAUUGAACUUGAAAACUGCCAUUGAGUGCGCCUCACAGGGUACUAGCAGUCACAAGUAUCUUCCUCUUCAGGUUUCACUGUCAAGAACAGAGGCUGGAAUGGUGACCCCACAGCAAGAUUCUAUCUCGUAUUCUCAGUUCUUGAAUACGGCAAAACUGCAAGUUGGGUAUGCAAGAGAACUGCAUGAUGCAUUUCAAGCUGCCAUCCAAGCACUGAAUUCAAGUGAAUAACUUAAGCUCAAAGUAGAUAUUUUAAUAAGAAAAUUUUGAUAUUGAUUAUAGACCAACAUUAAGUUCUGCAUGUCAAUAUUGCUAAAAUAAAAUACUUGUGUUUGGCAAACAA